AGAGACAAACUAGCAUCUCUUCCUAAUCGGACACUUGAUCAAGGAAGUGCGCUUCUACAUUUUAUUACGAUUACGAUAAGAAGAAUCUCUCUAGAACGAGAAGAGUGUCGGAAUCGAAAUAAAGAAGACGCGUGUAAGGUGUAAGCCUCGGUAAAUUGAGAGAUGACUGAUGCUGCUCCAAUUUUCGGCAACUCUUCAUCGGAUGCUGUGACUGGAUUCACGAUGGAGCGCGGCGAUCACUACAAGGAGUGCCGCAAAAGUAUGUGGCAUUUAAUUUUCUUGUUAAUUGGCUCCGCAUUUGCCGGCGAGUCCGGACCGGAGUCGCCAACAGAUUUUUCCGAAGCAACGAUCAAGAUCGAGGCACCGUUGCCUUACGAGGAUGCAUUUCCGACUCCACUUCCUGGUAUGCUGUAUCCCAGAGAAAGUGAAUCCCGCGAGGUAAGAUCGCUCGAUGGAUUAUGGGAUUUUAUCGUGUCACCCGAAGGAGAUGCGCUAAAGGGUUUCAGAGAGAGAUGGUAUACCUUGAAUGAGCUAUCGAAGGUCGGUGAAAUAAUAAAGAUGCCGGUACCCUCAUCCUACAAUGACAUCACGACAUCACGGAAUCUCAGGGACCAUGUCGGCGCCGUAUGGUACCAGAGAACCUUCUUCGUGCCCUCAUCUUGGCGGGACCAGCGGGUUUUUAUCAGAUUUGGCUCGGUCAACUAUCUCGCUCAAGUGUGGAUAAACGGCGACUUGGCGACCAAUCACGAAAUGGGUCAUCUGCCCUUCGAAGCAGAUAUCUCAUCAUACUUGACCUUCGGUGGAGAGAAUCGCAUUACUGUAGCUGUGGAUAAUACUUUAUUACAAACGAGCGUACCUCAGGGAAAAAUCGUGGAGAUGAGCUCUGACAAUGGCACUAUACAUAUGCAGACGUAUACAUUCGAUUUCUUCAACUAUGCGGGUAUACACAGAUCCGUUUUACUGUACACCGCGCCGCGCGUCUACGUCGAGGACAUCACGGUGAGAACGGGCUUGAUCGGCGACAUGGGAAUUGUCAAAUAUAUUAUACAACCAGCCGGAUUACGCGAGGGAGAGAUACCAAUCUGCUGGGUUACCCUGCACGACGCUGAACAGACUUUGGCCAUUAAGGAACCUGUCUAUGGCCUGUCCGGCACCCUGAAAGUCCCGUUCGCCAGACUUUGGUGGCCCAGAGGCAUGGAUUCCAAACCAGGGUACUUGUACACUUUGGAGGUGAGGCUGUCAGUGAUAAAUGCCACCAAACCGGACAUCUACCGAUUACCGAUUGGCAUCAGGACUCUUAUGUGGACCAACACGAGUCUCUUAUUAAAUGAUCGACCAGUGUACAUGCGUGGUUUUGGUAGGCACGAGGAUUCUGCAAUCAGAGGACGUGGCUUUGACCUUGUCACCGCUGUUAGGGAUCACGAAUUGCUCCAAUGGAUCGGAGCCAAUGCCUACAGAACUAGUCAUUAUCCUUAUAGCGACGAGGUCCUCGACAUGGCUGAUAGAUUGGGUUUCCUCGUAAUCGACGAGUGUCCUUCCGUCGAUACGGAAAACUUUUCGCCAUCGUUGCUCUCCCGCCAUAAAGAUUCGCUCUCGGAACUCAUCCGUAGAGACAAAAAUCGACCCUCCGUGAUCAUGUGGUCUCUGGCCAAUGAGCCGAGGACCCAGCUGCCUCAGGCCGAGGAAUAUUUCAAACAGGUUGCCCAUCAUGCCAAAGCAAUCGAUCCCACUAGGCCGAUCACUAUUGCUUUGGCUCGUGGAGUGCAGGAAGACAAAGCUGGUCAGUUUCUCGACGUGAUUAGUUUCAAUCGUUACAAUGCCUGGUAUAGCAACGCCGGCAGAAUGGACAUGAUCACCGACAGAGUUCAUGGAGAAGCUGAAGCUUGGUAUAGGAAAUAUAAUAAACCGGUACUUAUGUCUGAAUACGGAGCUGAUACUAUGCCGGGUUUGCACGAGCUACCGGAAUACGUAUGGAGCGAGGAGUAUCAGAAGGAGCUGCUUUCCAAACACUUCGAAGCCUUCGAUCGAUUGCGACAUCAAGGCUAUUUUAUCGGUGAAUUUAUCUGGAACUUCGCCGAUUUCCGCACGGCACAAACGUAUACUAGAGUGGGCGGCAAUAAAAAGGGGAUCUUUACGAGGGACAGACAGCCAAAAAUGGCAGCCCAUCAUGUUAGGAGAAGAUAUCACGCCCUCGCAGUCGAAGUGGAUGGUGCGCAGAUAUCGGAGGAUGUGGAGGAUUAUUACAUUUCGUCCUAUUAUUCUUCACAUUCCGAGCUUUGACUGAUUAAAAAAAAAAAACAAAAAAAGAAAAUAAAGGCACAAUAUUUUGGAGUGCGAAAAUCGCUUUGCAUAAAGUCUUAAUUGACUCUUGAAAAAUAAAAUCGUGUUUUGUUUUGUAUGUCGAUAGAUUUUGCACUGAUAACUUAACAUAUAGAAUUCACUUAAUAUAUAAUCUAUCAUAAAAUCAUUUCACGAUAAAUACUUUAUUUGUCUAACAUUUGUUUGAAAAACAAAAAAUUGAUAUCAUUGCCUGAUUAUCUAGAUUUAGAAUCUAUAAACUUUUAUAUACAUAUAGAACUUUGUGUACUCUUAUUAUAUAUAUUUUAAAUGAAAAGCAGAAUCAUCUCAACGUUUUUAUACAAUUCACAGUAUGAAAAUAUAUUUACAGAUCGAA